GCUCACUGCAUCAUACGUGGAGCAGAAGGAUCAGGAUGAAGAAAACACGGCAUAUCUAGAAGCAGAGAAAGAAGCAGCUGAAUGAGGAGUUCUGCUGGGUUCAAGGCGCCAGCCAGCCAACAGCCUCACCAAUGAAGGGAGGGAAAACACAUCCAGAGUGUGUCCACACCAAGCUGAGCGUAAAGCUGCACAACUCCUCUCACCGGUAUCCUGAGGAUGUUUGUUACUGGAAGCGGCUCGGUAGAGCUACACAAGUCUGGAGGCUUCGACCUUUGUACGCACCCGAUUACCACACAGGACGAGGACGUUGAUUGACAGCCACGCCAGCUGAGGAGACCUGUCACUCAUCUUCCUAUCAGCGUGUCGGGGGGCUAUCUCCUUCUCACCUCCCCCCUCUUCCUCCACCUUCUCCUCCACCGUCCUCCUCCCUCCCUCAGUCCUCUCCUCUUAUCUCCUCAAUGGGCUGGUAACCUCAGCAUCGUCGUAGUUAUCCACCACUCCAGAAACCUGAGAGAGAGAAAUAGUAAAAGAGGACCGGACACUUCUGAACCGACCCUCGCUGCACCCGAAGGGGAGUGUGGCAUGCCUCCUCGCUCCAGCUGAGUGAGUUGUAGUGAGUGGAAGUAGAAGAGGGAUCCCUCGCGCAUACACCUUCAGACGGCGACACGGCUCCUUAAGAAAGGAGCUAAGAGAGGACCAAUCAUGCGUUUCCGUUUUGCGCUGACGCUGCAGGCGCUGUGGACUGGUGUUUGCCAGGCGGCCAUGCAGCACUACCCCGCGGCAUGGGGCCACUACGAUGUAUGUAAGUCCCAGGUUUACUCGGACGAAGGCCUAACCUGGGACUACAUGGCCUGCCAGCCAGAGGCAGCAGACAUGACCCAGUACCUGAAGGUUACUCUGGAUCCCCCCAACAUCACCUGCGGAGACCCCCCGGAGACAUACUGCGCCCUGGAGAACCCUUACAUGUGUAAUAAUGAAUGUGAUGCCAGCACCGAGGAGCUCGCCCACCCUCCAGAGCUCAUGUUUGACAUUGAGGGCCGUAACCCCACCACCUUCUGGCAGUCCACAUCCUGGAAGAAGUACCCAAAGGCCCUCCUGGUCAACAUCACGCUAUCUUGGAACAAGACCAUCGAGCUGACCGACGACAUCGUCCUCACUUUUGAGUCAGGCCGGCCUGAACAGAUGGUCCUGGAAAAGUCGCUGGAUUAUGGACGAACCUGGCAGCCCUACCAGUUCUAUGCCACUGACUGCCUGGACGCCUUCACCAUGGAGCCCAAGACGGUACAGGACCUGACCCAACAUACCCUGCUGGACAUCAUCUGCACUGAGGACUACUCACGAGGCUAUGUGUGGAAGUAUGACAAAACUGUACGCUUUGAGAUCAAGGACCGCUUUGCGCUGUUUGCUGGUCCCCGGCUCCACAACAUGGCCUCGCUUUAUGGGCAACUGGACACGACCAAGAACCUGAGGGACUUCUUUACCAUCACAGACCUGAGAAUCCGCCUGCUGCGGCCUGCCACAGGAGCUACGAUGGUCGACGAGAACAACCUGUCCAGAUACUUCUAUGCCAUUUCUGACAUCAAAGUGCAGGGCAGGUGCAAGUGCAACCUUCACGCCAACAGCUGUGUAUAUGACAAAGAGAAGUUGAGCUGCGAGUGUGAGCACAACACCACGGGGCCCGACUGCGGCCGCUGUAAGAGGAACUACCAGGGGCGAGCUUGGAGUGCUGGCUCCUACCUUCCCAUCCCCAAGGGCACGGCUAAUAUCUGUAUUCCUAAUAACAUUGGUCCAGUUAUUCGGCCGAAUGUGUCAUCCCUAGGUGUCGCUAACCGAAAAGAAGUAGCUCCUCAAGUUGCGUUGUCCACUGCCCCCUCUGUCCACGUUGCAAACAGCAAGCGAGCCCGGGUGUGUGACAACGAACUCCUGCGCUGCCAAAAUGGCGGGGUGUGUGUCAACAACGUCCGCUGCAACUGUCCCUCAGCCUACACGGGCCUGCUGUGCGAGAAGCCCCGCUGCGAGUCGGAGCUGGGGGGCUGCGGGGGCCCCGAUUCGGGCCAGGCCCCCCUGGCGCCGCCGUCCACCCUCAGGCUGCUGCUGCUGCUGCUGCUGGGCUCGGCGCUGCUGAGAGAGGCCUCCUGCUGGCCCGCCGUGCUCUAAGGAGAGCCGAGACCUGGUGGGAGUGAUACGCUCCCCAGCCCCUCCGCCUUGACCCGUCCUUCCCUCCUUUCAAAUAAUCAACAACCAUUACACAACCAACAACCAUGAGCUUUCUGGACUGUACCGUGCCGAGCUUCUCCGCCACCAGACUCAACGGAUGCUCGCGCCGACGAAGAGGGAAUGUGCCAGACGAACGAGUGCAAAAACUUUUCAUUUAGUUUCAAAGAAAAUAUAGAAAUGAACAAACAUAUACUUCUAAAAAUGCCAGAUAUUAUUAAAAAAUAAAGAGAGUUUGCCUAGCAAGAGUGAAAUGAGCAAAGAACAGUAAGCCUCCCUCCCCCUCUAAGCCAUACCAGGUUAAUCGAGCUCCUUCCAGUUUGAGAAGGGAUAACUAAGGAUGACAGACCUGCUCGCUUCCUCUCUUAUUUCCACGGCAACAACAGCUGCGACCGAUCGGCUCUCGCGUGAGCCGUCGGUGGCCGCCGAUCCCUCCGGGACCCUGUGAGUUAAUGUCGGCCGGACUGACGCCGCAGGAAUCUCAAAGAAACUGUCCCUGCCGAAAGGCAGAGACUGGCCUCCGAGAAAGCCACCAUGAUGCUUCGGUACGCCGACAAACUAAAAGAGGAGAAAACGCAGGGCGCAUUCUUUGCUGUCAGUGCAUUGUGGAUAGAGGGAAAUCUGUCCGGACUGCCACUUUGUAACACGGAAACCUUGCCCACGUCGACCCCUCUCUAGCUUUCUGUCUCCUCCUUCGAGCUCGAUCUCUUGCUCCCUCCUGUUCAUCCUCGCUCCUCCCCGUGCCCCCCACGCCGAGCCCCCUCGCCCUGCUGCCACCGGCCUGUGCUUUCGUGAACGUUACUCUGUAAACCCUCGUUGGUUGAAAGAUUCUUUUGUCCGAUGUUAGUGAUGCACAUGUGUAAGAAGCCCCCUCUCUGCCCUCCUUUCCUCCCUCCCAAAAAGAUACUCCUGUAAAGCUGUCUGAUACUUUUCUAUCUUAGAGCCGCCACGCUCCCUGCGAUCAUGGUCAGAGGAUAGCUUUCACCUGAGCAGACGAUAAGUGCAUAGAAAAACCAUCAGUGUAUUCUCAAGUUCUUUUCUGGACAGAGCAACUAAAAAAAGAGUCAUGUAGUCCUUUUGUAUCUUUGCUGAACUGUGAUUGAAAAAAGGCAACUUGUAAUGUAUCUAUUUAAGACAUCCAAAUGCAGAGGCAACUGUUUAUGGUUUUCUUUUCUUUUUCUCUCCGUUUCUUUCCGUCACUUAUUUUAUUUGGUAUUGUUGCUUUUAGUUGUGCAGUUCAUUUUCCUUUGUAUUGGCAACGUGCUGGCAUCAAAGAAUAUCAGUUUACAUAUACAGUAUCAAUAAAGUGUAAAAAAAAAAAA